ACAACUCCACUAGCCUCUUCCAACAUGCUUGCCCUGUUUUAUGGAAGGAGAACGAAACUUCCGUCAUGGACUCGUCGUUUCCAACGGUGAUCGAAAUCGCAGCACCUCGCCAUUUCGGAGCCGAGGAAGAAUCGGCUAACGGCUUCGUUGGCACCAUACUGGAUGCGUACCGAAUGCACAACCACGUCGUCCUCCGUCCAGAAGACGUGUGGCUCGGCAUCUUGAUGCAGUUCAAUUUCUACGUUAAUGAACACGCUGAGCAACUUCGUGAGCAUUUCGUAGACCACCAGGGAAAGAGGAAGUUGGAAAUCGUUCAUGAACUCAUGGAUCUGCCAGCUUUCCUCAUAGAGAUGACCAACCUGGUUGACAAAAAUAUCAAGGACCCUAGCCUUCGCGAUUGGAUUAUGCCAAACUUUACUACUACCACAGAUACGGACAAACUCGCUGCUUCUGUUACUAUGAUGGGCACUUUGCAGAAGUAUUUCGUAUACGAAUAUGGGAUUACUUGCGGUAUUCCCUCUGUCACAUUACUCGGCGAAGAAAACGACUGGCGAGACAUCCACAACCGACUUGACUACCUUUCUACGUUCGCAAGGGACCACCCAGAACUGGCAAUGUGGCAGUCUUCGCUCAAAGUACUCGUCUCGAAAAUGGUCGAAACUUUCAAGGCACCGGACUCGCCGAGUGUGGUGCGCUUCUGGCAGGGCGCAGUCCAUUCUUCUAGGGACAGCUACUUGGGUGCUAAACUUCUCAGCGGGUGGAUACUUGCUUUCAUCUUUUGGGGUACGGACGGGAAGCUGCUCGGUGGUCAGGGACCAGCCCGACGCUGGGCCAAAAUGGUCGCUGAGAACGGCAAUGACUGGUGGUAUGGAGAAAAAACAUACUAUCCUGUCGAAUGGCACGACGUACCAGCAGCAUUAGUCCACGUACCGAUCCAUAUCAGAGAUGGAAAGGAGAAGUACAUGGCGAAAGCUGUUGCCGGAUCUGUGGGUUACACGGUGCGGGACAGUGAAGAGGUCUUCCAGUCAACAAGGCAGCGCGGCAAGAGAAACUCAAAUCUCUCAGGCGACACGAUGGCUGCAAGCCCUUGUGAUGGGUCAGUGCGGGAGCAAGGUCUCCUCAGAAAGCUCACGCAAAAGCUUCUUUGCUUCUGGCCGAGCGCGCAAUCUGUUCCCUCUCGGGCUGAGGAGCAGAAAGCCACAUAUCCGACGAUUCCAGAACGCAAGACUACAGCACAAUGGGACUAUGAAUAUGGUGGCACCCUGGAGGUACCGCAGUUUUCGGAUCUGAGUGAGCUAAACGAGCCUUGGGCGAAUGAGCAAGGUGGUAAGCGUGACACACUACAACCCGUUACAGGUUGGUGGGUUAUACGUACCAGCGAAGGGCAAUUUGGGAGGGACGCUGAUGUGCCCGACGUUCAAUUUGAUAGGGAUGCGCCUGAUUAUGACAAGGAUCUGGCGGAGAAGGGUAGACCGUUGAGGGAGCGGGGGGAGCUUUAGGUAACGUGGGGCAAGCCAGAUCACAGUUGGCCUGACGUUCUCCAUCAACCAGUUGUAUCUGGCAAUACUUU